GUUUUUCGCCUGCUGCGUGCGAAGGAGAGAGAGGAAAAAACGGCUCUCAGCAAAGCAACAAGAAGGAAGAGCAAUGGCGACACUGGAUCGCCAAAUACCAAGUCUGGAUACCUUUCUGUGCGAACCUUGGUCCUCCUUCGUCAGUGCCGCUAAAUUACGUUUUGUUGACAACGCAGACUCGCCUUUGGGGAACAGCCACGGAGAGCUUUGCUGCCUGGGUGAAGCCGUGAAGCUCAGCAGAGAAGGGAUGCUCAUCUACAGCCAGUUCCCAGCUCUGGAGGAUUUUUGUCUUGUUGUCUGCCAUGUCUGCAAUCAGGUGGUCACUCCUCAGGGCAUCCUCACACACUAUGGUAGCUGGGGUGUAGUUUCCCUGUGAGCCAAUCAGAGAGAGACAUACAGUCCUGGACCACACCCCCUUCAUUCCCUCCCCACCCUUCUCCCACAAAGACAUGCAUAGCAAAAACCAGAAGCGUCACGUCUCCCCUGUGUCCUCUGGGAGCGCCCUGGUCCCCAUGAAGCCUAAAGCACCAGCCGUGGCCCCUGCUGUGACUCCCAGUCCUGGGGACACGCUGGCCUUCAGGGUCCCGAAAGAUUUCCCCCACUCCCGCUUCAGCAAGGCCCCACUUGCCGUCUAUCCACCGAAGGGAUCUCGGAGCAAGACAUGCGUUUCCCUUCCAGUUGUAAGCCUGGAGAAGAUGUCGUGCCUCAACAGAGCCGACUCCGCGUCCCACGUGCGCCUCACCCCUUCUUCUUCCCCCUCCUCCAACAAGCCUUCAUCCCUCACCCCCUCGUCCUCUCAACGGUCUACCGAGAAACUCGUGAACGGUCGUGGCACCAGCGGGCCGUCCACACCGCGCUCCACCACGUCUCCAUCCUCUCUGGACAAGCGGCCCAGUCCAGCACGCUCUCCUCUCGACAGACGGACGUCGUCUGCACCUUCUUCUUCUUCGACUUCUUCUUCUUCCCCUCUGGACAGGAAAGCCUCCCCGUCACCUUCCCCUGCACACCGAACUGGCGCCUUGCCAUCAUCGGCGGCAGCGGCGGCACUGUUGGAGAAGAAGCAGCAAAACGGGACCAAGGCUCCUUCCAAGUCACAAAGAAGACUCUCAGGGAGAGUGUUUGAUCCCAACAAGCACUGUGGAGUCCAGGAUCCUGAGACCAAACGCCCCUGCACGAGGUCGCUCACCUGCAAGACUCACUCCUUAACUCACCGCCGAGCCGUCCCCGGCCGAAGGAAACAUUUCGACAUCCUACUGGCUGAACACAAGGGGCGAGCGAAGGAGAAGGAGGGAGGGAAGGAGAAGGAAAAAGACAGGGAGCCGUGUCAAGGAGGGAAGGAAGGCAGCAGCCACAGUGUUUUGUCACAGGAGAGCAUUUCUCCCAGCAAGCCUCACUGCCCAAAUGGACGACCCCUGUCCACACUGAAGCUGAGGCUUGCCAACGCACACAUACCCAGGGUUCCUGGCUCCACUACUUCCACCUCCAGUCCUCUGCCCUCAGCGCCAGCCACUGCCCAGGUGGCUAACCCAGAGCCGUCCCCCCACAGUUUGGUAACAGCGGCAGGAGACGGCGGUCAACUCUCUAGCGACGAGGGAGACGCAGAGACCUCGGAGGACUCUGAAAGACCGGCUUAUCACUACUCCAAUCACCACCCACAGCCUUUAGGGUGUUGCGUAUUCAGCAGCAGGCUCAUGGGACGGGGCCACUACGUCUUUGACAGGCGAUGGGACAGGAUGAGGCUGGCGCUGCAGAACAUGGUGGAGAAACACCUUAACGCACAAAUGUGGAGGAAGGUGCCUCUGGCUGCUGAGAGCCUGCUCUCCCUCUCCUCCUCCUCCUCCUCCUCUGGUACCUCCCCCAUCACAUCACAGCGGACUCCCUCUCCCACCUCUGUCACUUCUCCCCCAUUCUCCUCCCCCUCCAACUGCCUCUCCUUCACCGCCACAUUUCCUCAGUCUGCAUCCACGGCCAGAGUGCUCAGCAUUCGAGACGCGGCGCAGCCUGUCGUCCCAGUUUCAGCGCUGGGUAAAGCGCGUAACGGCACGCAUAAAGCCAGUCGCCCUUCCAAAGACACGGAGGACUCUGUAGUGGGAUCCAAGAGGAGGAAAAACUCUUCCUGCUCCUCCUCAUCCUUUUCUUCUUCCUCCUUGUUGACUGUGGAUAAUCACAAGAGGAACGGCAGCAGCUAUCAUCCAACGUUACAAGGUGCAGGGGGCACAGCAGGAACUCUGGUUAGAAAAAAGGGAGUGGAGCGUGCGGGGAGCGGGCUUUGGAGGACUGGAGAGGACUGGCUAUCAAAAGCUGAGGGGUCUCAAAGCCACAACUCCCAGAACAGUCGAGAACUUGGCACAACCGGUAUACCCUACUCACCCCACAGGGAGCCUGCCUCCGCCCCCCAUCAGCCCCUGGCUCCCCCCUCCGGACCCUUGGCUUAUGUAGGUGGAGCGGAAGGGAGGAAAAGGAGGAGUCCCAGCUCCUACAAGGGGAAGGCGAGCAAGCUUAGCCGGCCAGAUAGUUUGGAGAGCCUCUUUGGGAACGGGAGUGAAAGAGGGGGGAUACUGGCUUCAGGGCCCGAGUCCCCCAGACAGGCCAAGUUACAUCACUGACAGAAACCUGUUUCAUGGACUGAAUGUCGGGCAGCUGCGUGGGCCACCACCGUUUGUGACCUUUGACCUCACCACUCUUCCUCUGACAGCACCAAUGAGACAGCUUCAUCUCGGCGAUGUCACCCCUAUUCAGCCAAUGACAGUUGAGUUCAGCCGCUGUGACAUUGGGGCUCUCUUCGCCCACAGUUGGCUGGCAGUCACUUCCACUCCUCACCUCUUCGUUACGGAGCGAUUUUAAAGGAGAGUGGUCGUGCGUCUCUGCGAUUACUGCCUCUUGCAGCGAGGCAGUGGAGUACAAACUUUUUUCUCUGAGAAGGGAAUUUUCAUCACCAAGUUUUCAAGGCGUAUUAAUAACGCCAACACUGUACACUUUUUUUGGGGAAACAACAAUUUAAAGCAGUCAGGAUUUUAGAUUCUGGUUGUUUUGACAUAUUUCCUCACAUGGAAAGAAGCUCUCUGAUUGUUUUUGGAGUUAGACAGUUAAAGGACCCACUGACACACCUACUGUAGGACUCCUACUAGCCUUCAGCUUUGUCGCCUCCACUCCUCUCCCCCUCCCUCUUACCUUGUUUUAUAUCUUUCUUUCAACUCGAGGUUUUCCUUCUCCUCAAGAAAGAAGAACUAGCAGCAACUCUGGUCAGGUUUCAUCCAGCUUCUCCCUUAUUUCUUUAUUUCUCUGCAUCUUUCUCCCCAACUCUACAUUUCUCUUUUUGUCCUUUCCUCCCCUCUGUCCCCCAUUCAUCCCAGCAUGCCUGUGUUUCAAAGUGCACUUACUGCCCCCACUUCCCCUCGCGUCCCUCUUCACUGACUCCAGAGCAGUCUCCAGCAGUGCCACACGAGGACACGCUCACACAAGGGAAUAAAAACCCAACAGUUUGUGUUACCGACGAUGCCGUGUCAAUGCAUUGUAUUUCACUAUAGGAAGAAAUCCUUGUUCUUUUUUUUUUUUGAAGAUUGUUUUUGAAGUUGCAAGAAACACAAACUCCCGUCUGUGUGUCAGGACUUGCAUCCAAAAUGGAAUUAUUAAUACGGUGUUGGAUCUCUUUUUUGUAUGAUAAUUUAUCAUUCUUGUUUGUUUUCUAACUGACCAUUCAAGGUUGAGAGACUUUUUGAGCAAAAACAUAAUUUCUAUGGCAUUUUGAAGAAAUGUUGAAAGUAUUAUGAUAGUUCAUAUUGUUGGAAAUGUGUACAUAUCUGUUAUUAUUUUUCUAUUUAUUAAUAAUUGUCCCCUUUGACUUAAUAUGAGCUAAAGAGGGAGGGUGUUUUUUGCCUUCCUACCUUGGACUGUGUUUGAAAAAUGUUGAAGCAAUCCGCCUGGUUUCUCAAAAUCUUCAAGAGUUUGUCCAGUAGAGUUUUUUUUAAAUUUAUAUAUAUAUAUAUUUUUUGGCCUUUUUGCCUUUAUUUUGUAAGACAGCUGAAGAGAGACAGGAAAUGUGGGGAGCAGAGAGCGGGGGAAGACAUGCAGGAAAUGGUCGACUGGCCGGGAAUCGAACCAGCAACUUCUACGACGAGGACUGUAGCCUCUGCACUUGGGGAGCUUAGACCGCUAGGCCACCAGCGCCUUUUAAAUAAUUCUUCAAUGCAGCCAAAAAAGAAGCUCUGACUGGCUGCUGCGUAUGUCAUUACAAUUUCAACAAAACAUUGUGAUUUAAUCCAAAAAAAAAUAAUUUUUUUUUUUCGUAUUGUAGUGAGAAAUCAAGCAAAUAAUGUCUUGACAACAAAAACAACGCCUAACUUCAAAUAACAGGCCCAGGCUUUUAUUUGGAGCGUCCAUGUAUAAAUCACAAUCUGUUUGGCUGUAGGAGAUUUAAAUAUUCAUUUUACUACCAGAAAAUAACAUUUUCAGUAAUAUUAAGAUAAUUUCUUGGUUUAUUUUGAAGCCGUUUAACUGCUCACCUGCAAAUUAUGUCAUUUUUUCAAGCAGCAUUCAGCACAAUUAACUUGUUCUUUUUUUAUGGCUUUUGUGCCUUUAUGACAGGACAGCUGAAGAGAGACAGGAAAUGUGGGUAGUAGAGAGUAGGGGAAGACAUGCAGGGAAUGGUCGACCGGCUGGGAAUCGAACCGGUGACCCCUGCAACGAGGACUAUUGCCUCUGUAUGUGGGGUGUUUAGACUGCUAGGCCACCAGUGCCCCACAAUUAACUUGUUAUAUGCCUGUGAGAAGAAAACACAGUGUGUAUUUUGAAAUUAGGACAGAGCGACAGUGGCAGACGGUAUUUGGAGUUGACACAGGUGCCAUGGAGUCGCCUCAGGUGUCCCAGUUGAGACUUUUUCUUCCAAAAAUUAAAGUAGGCACCACGGCUGUCCAUUCAAAGUACAUACUUAAAGAACAGUAUGCUAAACAAUCUCGACUUAUCACUUUGUUCGUAAACUUAAAUCUGGUGCGUCUGUGAUUGGAGAUACAGAACACUGUUUGCUUUCAGGAGCAGAGAGGAUUGUGGGUCACUAUUGCUACAAAGGCACACUACCUGCGAACUUCAAAUUGCGACCGAAUGUUGUACAGGCUUAUACAUCACUUCCCCUAGUCUUCAUACUACUCAAAGAACUUUAACAUUACAUUUCAGAUUAACUCAUUCAUACACUGAUGACAAGGGCUUUCUUUGUAAAGGGCCCAACAGUAUUAACUAAUCCCACUCACACACAGAUGUCACAGCUAACGGGGGUUAAGUGUCUUGCAAAGUGACAGUUCAACAUGAGGACAGUGAGAUCCGGGAUCCAACCCCGCCCCCUUUGAAUGAGUAACUCUACUACAGCUGCCCCUAAACAAAACACAACUUGAUGUAGUCACUUAAACUUUGAACCUCCAUGACCUGUAUGACUCAGAACCUUAAAAGAGACAAAUGAAGCAGUAAUUUUGGCAUACUGUAUAUGACAUCUAGACAUAUGAGAUAUUUUUCUGUCACAUUUAAUAGUUUAGGUGUUACAAACGUGGCCCUUGUUCUCAACAGGUGAUGGUCCAAAGUAGCAGUUUGGCAUGUCAUGUCAGCGCCCCCUUUCUUAUAAAAAAGAUAUUUCUUUGGAUUCAACUGGACAUUUUUUGAAGGAUUUUGUGAAACCAGACUCAGGUUAGUAUUUUCAUAUAUAGGGCCCCACAUUCCCGUUUGCCUGUGGUUCCUCCCUUUUUCCAUACUUCUUCCUGUGUUCAAAACUAUAGCUAUAUUUUUAAACUUAUCUCUAUCUUCCAGGGCCGAUUGGUCUAAUCUCUGCUGUGUGUGUAAGAUCAAAACCAAGUCGACAUGCCUUCAGUUACGUUUCAGCUGCACCGCUCGAGUGAUACCAUUUCAGCCAUUCCUAUUAGCUGGUAAUCUGUAAUAAAUUAACAAAACAACAAAUAAACAAAAUAAGCACCAGUUGAAUACAUUACAAAGGUGAAACUCCCAAAAUAUGUAAUAUGUAUUAGUGUGUUGUUGCAGAUGAAGCUAAAGUAACUGAAAGCAUUUUGAUUCACUUGAUGGCAUUGUGGAGAUGUGAGCGACGCUCCGACCAGGUACUCGCCAAGUGCUUCAGUAGAAACAACUUUCAUUUCAAUUUGUGUGUUUUUUUUGUAUCUGAAGCAUCCAGGCACUAACGAUUGAAUGAAUUGUACAUAACCAGAUGUAUUUGUGUUGUGCUUUUUCCCAAGUGCUUCCCAUGAUGACACUUUAUUCAUCAGUGCGUGAGAUUGUCUAGCUGCUCUCAGAUCAGUUUAGUGAUGCCUGUUUGUUUUUGUUUUACUGUAGAUAUACGCAUGGUUUAUCAGUGAGCGGGUCAUCAUGCCUUCAAUUACAUUACAAACAUGUUUUUUUUCACAGUUUUCUCAGUUCAACAUAACAUACCAACAGAUGUACAGGUAUAAAGAUGUGUCAUGCUGGUUUAAAGGAUGGUUUAGUUGGGAAUUGAUGCCCUCUUUAUGUAAAUCUACAGAUCAAAGAUGUUCUUGGGAAAUGCCACCCUGACUUACUGUUUGAAGUCUCAAAAAACAGGAAGUUACAGUCUUUUGCAGCUAAAUUAAGAUUAAGCUCAUGGAUGUUUGAUUUCAGAGCAGUUGUACAGUUUAUUAUUUUCUGCUGAAUUUUAUGGAGGUAUUAACUUUUUUUUUUAAAUCCUUCCCCUUCCUUUUUUUUGCACUUUGUCAUAAUGCCCAGAUCUUUAAUCAACCUCUAUUUAUAUAAAUAUUUGAGAUAUAAAAAUACUUUAUCUAUAUAUUUGUAAAAGUGUUUCUUGUAACUCCAGGAAAAGAAGAUGAAGAGUUUAUUCUCAGCGUGUUGGCCCUGAAACCAGCGCGCUGUUGUUGUUUGUCGUAUCUGUUCCAGACUGAAGUGAAUGUUGAAUGUCAGAAAAAUUGCCUUGUAAGAGUCGGGAGGCAGUCGGAUCAGAAAAAAAGGAUUUCCCGUCAAAACAAUUGAACACUUGCUGUAAAAAGAAAAUGGUCUUAUAUUCAAGCUUUUAUUAAAUGAUUGAAAGUG